UACAAGUAUUUAUGCUUUCUAAUUAGCAGUCAAGUAAUAACCAACUCCAACACCACCACCAGUUCGUGUACAAAUCGGAACUCUUAGCUAUAGCAGCCACGCCCAUUCGGCGUUGGUGUUGAGAGCGUGCGCGCGUACAGUGGAAUUAACCGAGCUAGCUCGAAAACAUGUCGGAGAUUUCAUCGCAUAUAUUCGCACUGGACUAGACUGCAUGUAACUUUAUGUUUAUCAUCUCGAUUCUGGACUCGAUUCAGCAUAUGUGGCUCUACCAUUAUUAUGAGAACAGGACAGCCUCAGGACCUAGAUGGAACCUUCAACCUAUGAUAUACCGGUAGCUGACUCUGAGAUGUGCGAGUCAGCAACCAUGGAAUCUGGAUGUAGCAGUGAGGAAACCUUGUCGGUACUGAGAUCGUGUGACUUGGCAACUGCGAUUUUACGGGGGACGGUGAGUGAAGAGAUGCUAGAGCAAUGUGCUCAAGAGGGUCGUAUUGAUGUCCGAAACAAGGAAGGACAAACACCUCUGAUGCUGGCAUGUUUGACAGGUCUUGAGGAUGUUGUCAAGUUCUUGUUAGCAAAUGGUGCCAACCCCAACUCCAAUAAUUUAAUGAAGGGUAAUACCCCUUUGCAUUUUGCAUGCAUGAUAGAAGAAACAGAAGAAGAGGAGUACAUGCACUUAUCUAGAAGACGCUAUAUGCCAAAAAAAUGGAUUGCCACCAAGGUAUCUAUUGUGAAGCUUCUUCUGAAGUAUGGAGCAUCUGUUCAGAAGAACCUAGAUGGAUGGACUCCAGCAUGUGUAGCUGCAUGUUACAUGUUUGAGGACAUUGUUGACUUCUUCUUGUUGAUUGAUGAUGGUAGUCCUUUGGAGGACAAGAUCACAGUUUCUCAAAUACUUGGAGUUUCACAAGCUACUCUUGAUGAACCGGCUCUCAUAGCAUUUCACUAUUUCCGCAGAGCCAUAGAGUUACAACAAGAAGCAGGAGUUAUCACAGGCCAAGCUGGAACUUCUGAACUUGCAUUAUGUUUCUCGAAGCUCUCUUUGACAGAAUUUCACACAUUGGAGGAAAUCAAGUCUGAUGAAUUGUCUGAAAAUGCUUUAAAGGCCCAUGCAUUCUUGGUUGGUGAGAGACUAUUUCCCUUAAGUCUCAAGCAGAGAUACCUCUACCCGGCCCUUACAGAAUUUGCAAGUCUUUUAAUGUUCCAAGAAGACAUGGUAGAAGGAGGCUUUCAAAUAUUCUCCUGUACCCUUGGUUUUGAAAGAAGUGGAGAAUUGCAGCUAGGAACAGUACUAGGUCACAUAGCCAGUAAUUAUGAAGACCACUGUGUGUAUCAUGAUGGCAAAAAAGCACCACAACCUCUUGUUCGUCAACGUGCACAAGAUCUGCUGUGUGCCUAUGAUUCAGUAGUUAAUGGUGUAAAUGUACAUAUUGAUAGUAUGUCGGGGAUGUGUCAUUCGCUUAUAGAUAGCUUUGGUGACAUACUUUUUGCUGAAGUUUUUUCUGGCUUUGGUUUUGAUGACUUGAAAUCCACCUUGGAAGAUGUAGAGAAGUCAAUGAGGAUCAUUCAAGGUAGGGCGUUUGGGGAAAGGCAAGAUGAGUAUCUCAAGAUGCCUUCUGUAGCACACAAAAUCAUGAAACUUCUGCUGGAACUCUUAGACAGGGGAAGAUGUAUAAUAGAUAGAAGCCACCUUCUGAAGGUAAAAUUUUUGUUACUCAGGGUUCUACUCUGGGACAAUGUUUCUUACCAGGAUGUGUUACCCGACGGUGCUUCAUACGAGGAUGAGUCCGGUGGCAACACGCUGCUGCACUUCGUUGCGUACUUUACAUAUUCAGUAGAAUAUAUGGAAUGUAUUCAGGAUCUUGCGCAGGAUCUUGCCCUGGUCCUUUUACGUCACGGAUGUCCACUAGAUGCAGUGAAUGCAGUAGGCUUUACCGCCACAGACGUUUUGAGGGAUGGUAGACAUGAGGACCAGAAUAUCAAUCUCAUUCAGACAAUGGUGAGUCCACCAACCACAGUAUUACGUCUGGAGGAAGCAGCUGCCAGAGUAGUCCUGCGACACAAGAUCAACUACCAAGACGUCCUUCCUCUGACGCUGCGUGAGCUGGUGGAUGGUGGAACUGCGGAAUUAGAGUUAGAAUUAUUAAAAUUAUUACAAACAAAUGAAGAGAGCAGUGAAGACAAUGAGUAAUUUAUACUUACAAUUAAGUCAUCAAAGGUUUUUUGCAACGAUGCACUGAAGGCAAAAGGAGACAGAAACCUAGAUUGACUGAUGGAAUUAAAAACUUAACAGAUCACUCGUCUCAGCUCAUCGCAUCGCUUUAGACUGAACACUCUGGAGAACCAUCAUUAACUGGCCUGGUCACGAAAGGUCUUGUAAUAUGGAUUUCAUGUCACGAGAAAUUAGAUGAGUAAUUUUGACAGAUUUUGUUAGUUACUCUCAGAUCAAGUUCUGCAUUUUGAACCAUUUGUGCCACCAUGCAAACUCCUUUACAUUUUGAUACUUUAUGUUUUUAUGUGCCUUCUAUUACAAAUUGGUUGCUUUUUACUUUGCUUCCGAUAAGCCAUUGCUACAACUUGUUCAGUCAUUGACUCAGGGUUCAAUGAAAAUUCUGUGUAACAAUUGUCGUAAUGACACCAUAAUAUGUACAGUCCUGUGUAGGUGCGGUUUUAAAAGAAUGUAUUUGAACUUUUUAUGCCUCCGCCACCGAAGGUGGUGCCGGAGGCAUCAUGUUUUCGGGUUGUCCGUCCGUACGUCCGUCCCG